CACUCCACCUCCGUCUUUCCCCUCCAAGCUCCAUCCCCAACCCCAACAAUAACAACAAAUCCAAUCCACAAAGGAAAAACCCCUCCCGUCAAAAUGGCUCUCCUCCCUCCAGUCCCCAAGCCCAUCGGCGUAUUCCCGCAAUUCAUCGCGCAACAGCCCGAAACCAUCGUGCUGAAAGAACACGUGCUCUCGCUCACGGGCGACAGCUUUAGCAUCAAGCUGGCCAACGGGACGCCGAUCCUGCAAGUCGAGGGCAAAGUCAUGUCCAUCUCGGGCCGCAAGAAGGUCUGCGACAUGGCGGGGAACCACCUAUUCAACAUCGCCAAGGAGCAUUUCCAUAUCCACACGACAUUUGCCGUCGAGGAUCCGCAGGGCAAGAAGCUGAUGGAGGUGAAGAGUAGUUUUGCGCUGCUGGGCAGCAAAGCCACCGCGACUUUUACAUCUUCGCAGACGGGGCAGGAGGAGUCGCUCCAGAUGAAGGGUAAUUGGUUCGACAGUGCGGCCGAUAUCACAGACAACAAUCAGGGAGGCCUCGUGGUCGCUCGCAUCGACCGCAAGCUGCUCUCGGGCAAGGACAUCUUCUUCGGCCAGCAGACUUAUGCGGUGCAAAUUGCCCCAGGCGUGGACAUGGCGCUCAUCGCCGCCAUGUGCAUCUGCAUGGACGAGAAGAAUAACGAGAAGUAAGGCCACGGAUGGGGGCUUGAGGCUGUAGUGUGUGCAUGUGUUAGGAUACCCUGGUCUGCUGAUUUCUCUUCUCUCCAGCGAGAUGA